UCCCAGCUGGAAGAGAGACCCCCAGGCCCAGGUUGAAUGCCUUAGCUAUGGCUGUGCUGUUUGUGUCAUCGUUUUUGAGGACAGCUGCUCUUUGAAAUCAUCUUUUUUUUUAGCAACAACAAGUAGACGUUGCAAGAUGUAUGUACCCACCAUCGAAGGUGUAGCUCUCUCCAUUGAAAAUUCAAAAUUUAAAGUCGUCUCAGCUGCUCUAAGUGCUCCCCAUGUGCAUCCACUGCUGCCGCCUUCGCAAGACACCAUGUCCCACGAUCCCCUACAGCUGUCCCCAUUGCCCGGUGAACACCAUUUCCAGCAGCUGUCGUCUGAGCGAUCCUCGAUCCUUCGGCGAGAAUCCCUUUCCAAUAGGAAGGAUUUCAAACCCGCCGUCUGAUCCGUGUCACUCCUUGCCACCGCGCUGGCUGGAGGUUAAUCGCCGGGUAAUCUACGCACUCGCUAAGAGAAUGGGUCGAUCACCGGAAGCAGCUCAUUACGCAGUGCUACUUUUGCUGUAUGCCAACUAUGGUAAAGUUUUGAGGAUAGCUCAAAAACGCCGAUCUUUCCCGGUACCCCGGUGUGGCUUCCCCGAGCAGGAUUUCUUUUGUACCGGAGGAUCCCUUUUCAACGACUCUGGCUUCCUCACCGAUCCCAUGGCCCCGGACACUCUUGCCAAACUACUUCGUAUGCUGCAGGACUAUAUCUCGAGGUUGAGGGAGCUGAACAAGAAGUUCAAAUGGUACGCAAAUGGCGAGGAUCGAGACGAGAUACUCUGUCUGUUGGGGGAACAAGAUGAACUAGUGCGCCUGCUGAGGGCAAUCUUUGGGAACAAGGAUGUGGUGCCCAUUCCGCAACUCCUUCGGGCUCUCUGCGACCUGGAUUUCAACUAUUUAACGUCUGGCAAGUUGACGUCAAAAAAGUCGCCAUGGCGGGUAAAACACAUAUCCGAUCUUUACUCGGAGGUGGUGGACCCCUACAAAUCUAAGAAAUGUUCUUCAGGCGACAGUAGAGCUUUCCCAAAUCGAAUCCAAGAGGUAACAAUACAAACUGUGAUUUCUCCCAAAAAACCCCAGUGCCCGUGUGGUGCACGGACUGUCCAGGUUCGAGUGCGGUCCCAAAGAGACAAUAAACAGCAGCUGCCUAGUAAACCAUCCUUUGCCUACUUGAAGGCCGAGCCUUUUGACUCAAGCAAGAAAUCCACGGAUGCCCCGAAGGCCAAGCAUCGACACCACAGAAAAAAGCAGAUGGUAAGGAAGAGCUCCAAAGGUGGCGGCAAAAUCCAGCAGCUAACACAAGAGCCCUUGUUCAGCAAACUGUAUCCUUCCAUCCCGGUGUUGGAGAUGCCGAAGCUCCUUUACGAGCCUUAUGACUCCAGGAAGAGCUCCACUUGGCGCACCCGCUACUCGAACUCCGAGCGAAUGCUCCCGGAUGGCCGGAUUUCCAAGCGUCGAGUGGAGCGCUACAUGCAUCCGAAUAAGCAGCGGGAGCUAAGUGAACUGCAAAAGAAGCAAUCCACUCAAAACGAAAAAGAGUAUGAGGAUAUGUUUGGCACCGAUUUGAGAAGGAGAAGCAUGCGAAAGAGUGACAAAAGGAAAUCGUCAACCAGCAGAAAGCCAGGUGAUGGUUAUGCCAACUGAUCCAACCUUGCAGAAGCUUGGAACGGUUGACUAGCCAUUGGUGGCUCUCUGGGGGUGCCCAUAAAAUGUUCGUGUGGUUUUAGUAUUUGAGGAAUUGUUACACAAAAAUAUAAUUGUUUUUAUUAAGAAACCGUUGGUGAGUCAAUUAAAGCCCAUUAUUUUUUUACUGUGUUUACUGUGGC